CCUUGUUUACCCCUAUUUCUCCUCUCUUGUGUGUGUUUUCACUCGCUGAGUCGUUUUCUCUCUGAUCAAUUCAGAGAUAUUUGACAAAUUAUUUACCAUCUUUUUUAUUUUCCGCAGAUUGUCUCCAUCUUCUUCUCUCUCCAUACCCCAAAACGACAACGUUUGCAUCCAACGCCAGUCGAGGCUUUUCUCCGUCGUCCUUCGUCUUUCGUUUAACCGAUUUGGAUUGGGAUUUGGAUUUCGAUUUCCCCCACAAAUCUCAAAAUUAACUUACCGCUCUCUCGAUAAAAUCAAAAACCCUAAUUUCGAUCUCUCUCAAUGGGUUCCUCCUCCGAUCUCGUCGUCCCUGACUCCGGCGACCACCGCUCUCCCGCCGACGAUACCCAAAUUCCCGCGGAGGAGACCGCAUCGCUCAGGAGAACGAGGCCGUCGCGCGCCUGCACUGUGAGGGCGCAGCAGCGGCUUCAAGAGCAGCAGGCGGCGGAGAGAAAGCUCAGGCCGCCUAAGAAGGAGUAUAAACGGGAGCAUCGACAAAAGGAGGAGGUGGAGGAGGAAGACGAUCGAGAGGAGGAGGAGGAGGAUGAGGACGGAGACGAUGAUGUUGAGAGGCAAUGCGGUGGAGGGAGUUCGGGUAAAAUCGUUACUUCUCUUGUCCAGCCACCGGAGCCUUCGCAGAUGCCGCGGUGGAAUCUUAGGUCCAUGUGGGAACUUGCUUCCGUCCUCAACUUCUUGCAUGUUUUUAGGCCGCUUUUGAAGAUCAAUGCGGAGUUUUCAGCUGAGGAGUUUGAAACGGCUUUGCUGAAUCCUAACGAUACUUUGAGUGACAUUCAUAUUCCUCUUCUAAAGGCCAUUCCUCCUGUAACUCGAAUGGCCCUCACUCGUGAUACCUGGGUCACUGUCUUGUGCAGGAAAAUAAGAGAUUGCUGGCACUGGGUCGCAGAAGGGGACCUUCCUAUUGUUGCCUCGCAAGGGCGGGAGAUUGAAGCGUACAAAUAUCUUGAUCCAGCCGUUCGUGUGGUGAUUUUGAAAGCUUUAUGUGAUAUUCGUGUUGAGCAAGAGGACAUCAGGAGCUACAUUGAUAACUCUGUUAAAACUGGUGUUCAUCUGUCAACUUUUCGCAAAGACCGCGUUGGGGGUGAUUCGCAUGGAGUUAAUUUUUGGUAUGAGGAUGAUCCCUUAGUUGGUCACCGUUUAUAUCGGGAAAUAAGGAAGGCAGAGGUGGUUAAGGUCAAAACGAAGGGUUCCAAGAUUCUUCCUAACGUAACUUACCAAUGGGAAACUGUUGCAACAAAUUUCGAUGAAUUCCAAGAUGUUUCGGAAAAACUUAAUUCAAGUAGUAGUAGAACUGAAGUUUCUCUGGGGAAGAAGUUAACGAGAGAUAUGCUUCCUGAGAUAGAAAAAGAACACAAGAGGAAAGAGAAGUUGUUGAAAAAGCAACAUAGACAGGCUCUUCUCCUUGAUAACUAUUUGGUUACUGACGGUGUUGGUGGUGGUCGUUCUCUCCGUGAUAGGAAGCCAGUUAGAUACACUUUUGAUGAUUAUGAUAGGUCGAUAAACGAAGCUAUCAAAAUAACAACGAACCAACAUCCAUCACAAGAACCUUUUCUCCACAGAAGAGAAUCAGCUAGAUUGGACUCUCUUGUGAAUGGCAGAUCAACAACAAGUUCAAGUCAUCCUACUGACCCUGUGAACGGUACAGCAUCUGGUAGCUCUUCUGAUUUUGCUGAUGGUGAUGAGUUCGAUGAGCAGAGAGAUGAAUCCUUGGACAGAAGUAACAGGCGCAGACAACGGCCCCAGCGGUAUUCAGCAACGGACUUUGUUGAAACAGACAAUCAUGUAGAAUCUGGAAGCGAUGACGACAUUGUUGGGGAAGCAGUUUAUGAUGAAGAAUAUCUGAGGAAGCGUAAACAGAAGACGUUUUCUAGUGGUUCUGAGGGAGAGGAAGAGAAAGGAGAUGAAGAGUACAAAUGGGAUGAAGACAAUGCCGAGUACGAGGAAGAAGAAGAAGAGGAGGAAGAUUCUCCAAGUGCUAGCGAAGAAGAUAGUGAUGAACCCCGAAGGGUUAGGAAAAUGCCGCGGAGAGAAACCAAGUUAAGAUCAAAGUCAAAUGGUUUCCGGCCAGGCCUGAGGCGUAGCAAAAGAGCCACAAGAAUCGAUUACCAACAGUAUGAGCUCUCGGAAUCAGACAAUGAAGCAGCAGGAGCGGCAAAACGUAAGCGAUUGGUUGAGCCAGAUCCAGAUGAAGAUUCUGAUGAAUCAGGGAAUGGGGAUUUCACAAUGGGAAGUGAGGACUCUGAAGAAAAUGGAAAUGACCCAGAAACAAAUUCUGCUGAAGAAGAAGUGGAGGAGGAGGAAGAAGAAGAGCCCAGAGAAGUCAAUGAUAAUGCCGGGACAGCAAAUGGUACAGAGAAUAAUCAACUGAACAAGUCAAAUGGCACAGACCAAGAAGAAGUUGAGGGUGUAUUAGGCAAAAGGCAUUUCCUCGACCUAAACGAGCUUGCUCCUGUGUCCGGUUUUGAUGAUGGUCCAAGUACAGUGUUGAAGGAUGAUGAUAAGACCGACAGUUCAUAGACAGACCUCUCUCUGUUUUUUUUUCUGGCAUAAACACCUUCCAGAGAAAAGUUAAAACGGUAAGAGAUACUUCAUUGGCUGUUUCUGCACUCAGUUAUAUCUGCCUUGUUGUUUCAAAGUUAAUUUCGGCUGAGAUAAGUGAAGUGGGGAAUGUUGGAGAGGCCUAAGGAGAGGUAUGUGUACUAGAAUUAGGUUAGUCAUUAUUUUGCUUACCCUGAAAGAGAAACAAUGAAGGUGAACCAGAGAUUCCUAAGAACUGUUUAAUGUUAUGGAACUAUUAUUAAUGUACAAUUAAUUUUGUCUAAGUUUUGUUGAGAACA